GCAUCACUUCAAUCUUAAGUUAUCCAUGGAAGCCAAAACUAACCUUUUCUUUUCCAUUAUUUUCUUUAACUUUCUUUCUCUCCAAGCCAACACUCUACAAACCUACAUAGUUCAGCUCCACCCACAUGGCAUAACAAGAUCUUCCUUCUCCUCCAAGUUUCACUGGCAUCUAUCCUUUCUUGAACAAACUGUUUCCUCCGUAGAAGACUACUCUUCUCGGCUUCUUUACUCUUAUCGUUCUGCCAUGGAAGGUUUUGCAGCUCAACUCUCUGAAUCGGAGCUCGAGUCAUUGCAGAAGUUGCCUGAUGUUAUUGCAGUUAGGCCAGAUAGGAGAAUACAAGUUCACACCACUUAUUCUUACAAGUUCUUGGGACUUAAUCCUAAUGGUGCAGAUGCUUGGUAUAAGUCUAAGUUUGGUCGCGGGAUGAUUAUUGGGGUUCUUGACACUGGAGUUUGGCCAGAGAGUCCAAGUUUCAAUGACCAAGGAAUGCCACCAGUUCCUAAGAAGUGGAGAGGUGUUUGCCAAGAAGGGCAAGAUUUUAAUUCUUCUAAUUGUAACAAGAAACUCAUUGGUGCAAGGUUCUUCACUAAAGGUCACCGUGUAGCAUCUGCUUCAUCAUCAAACAUUAUUCAAGAAUAUGCGUCUCCAAGAGAUUCUCAUGGGCAUGGAACUCACACAUCAUCCACUGCAGCAGGAGCUGCAGUCCCAAUGGCAAGUGUUCUUGGUAAUGGAGCUGGUAUUGCACGAGGGAUGGCUCCUGGUGCACAUAUUGCAGUGUACAAAGUUUGCUGGGUCAAUGGCUGUUACAGCUCAGAUAUACUAGCUGCAAUGGAUGUUGCAAUCAGAGAUGGUGUUGAUGUACUUUCCCUUUCUUUGGGAGGCUUUCCAUUGCCACUUUUUGCAGAUAGCAUAGCAAUUGGCAGUUUUCGAGCAGUAGAGCAUGGAAUUUCAGUUAUAUGUGCAGCAGGAAACAAUGGUCCUCUCCAGAACUCAGUUGCCAAUGAAGCUCCUUGGAUUGAUACCAUUGGUGCAAGCACACUAGAUCGAAAAUUUCCCGCCAUAGUUCAAUUAGCUAAUGGAAAAUUCCUUUAUGGAGAAUCCAUGUACCCAGGUAACCAGUUUUCAAAGACCGUAAAAGAGCUUGAACUAGUUUAUGUAACUGGUGGGGACACAGGAAGUGAAUUUUGCUUCAGAGGCUCUCUCCCAAAAGCAAAAGUACAUGGCAAAAUGGUGGUUUGUGAUCGAGGUGUCAAUGGAAGGGCAGAAAAAGGACUAGCUGUGAAAGAAGCUGGUGGAGCUGCAAUGAUAUUGGCCAAUACAGAAAUCAACCUUGAGGAAGACUCGGUGGAUGUUCAUGUAUUGCCUGCAACAUUAAUUGGUUUUGCAGAAUCAGUGCGCUUGAAAGCUUACAUAAACUCUACCAUUAAACCAAGAGCUCGAGUAUUAUUUGGCGGAACUGUCAUUGGGAGAUCCAGAGCACCAGCAGUAGCUCAGUUUUCAGCCAGAGGUCCAAGUUUAACUAACCCUUCAAUCCUCAAACCAGAUGUAAUUGCGCCUGGAGUAAAUAUCAUUGCAGCAUGGCCUCAAAACUUAGGCCCCACUGGUCUUCCAGAAGAUUCUAGAAGAGUAAAUUUCACUGUCAUGUCGGGGACAUCCAUGGCUUGUCCCCAUGUCAGUGGAAUUGCUGCCCUCAUCCGCUCAGCUCAUCCCAGAUGGACCCCUGCUGCUGUUAAAUCUGCAAUAAUGACUACUGCAGAUGUAACUGACCAUUCAGGAAAUCCAAUAAUGGAUGGUAACAAAACAGCAAGUGUUUUUGCAAUCGGAGCAGGGCAUGUAAACCCAGAAAGAGCCAUCAGUCCAGGAUUGAUAUAUGAUAUCAAGCCAGCUGACUACGUAAUUCACCUAUGCACACUUGGAUAUACAAGAUCAGAAAUUUUCACCAUCACACAUAGGAAUGUUAGCUGCAAUGAGCUAUUGCGGAUGAAUAAGGGUUUCAGCCUCAAUUACCCUUCCAUUUCUGUUAUUUUCAAGCAUGGAAUGACAAGCAAGAUGAUCAAGCGGCAACUGACAAAUGUGGGGAGUCCUAAUUCCAUCUACUCAGUGGAAGUAAUGGCUCCUGAAGGAGUCAAAGUGAGAGUAAAACCUCAAAAACUUCUUUUCAAACACAUAAAUCAAAGUUUGAGUUACAAAGUGUGGUUCACAUCCAGGAAGACAAUAAGAAGAGAGCAACAGAGCUUUGCACAAGGGCAUUUGACAUGGGUGCACUCUCAAAAUAAUUUUUACAGGACUAGAAGCCCCAUUUCAGUGACUUGGAAGUAUAAGUAGGAGAGUUACAGCAUCGCUGAUGGUUAUGAACCAAAUGGUCUAGUCUUUUGUUCAUCAUUGAUGUAGAUUCAGAGGAAUUGAAAUCACAUAGAGUUGAAAUGGUUGAAUUUAAAGAUCGGCUACUUAGCUACAUUUUAUUCAGAGAAAUAAAGCUUUAUUCUCUUUCCCUCAAACAAAGACAUGCAUGAAUUGGCAUACUGCAGAGAUGGAAAUUCAAACAUAGACUAACUUCUCUACCAAUUUGAUUCUCCAAUGAAUAGAACAAAAUGCUACCAUUUACAUAUAUGAGAAUCGAUACAAUCAAUAACAAGGAAAAAUGUUCAACGUGUCCUUACUUGAGUAGCUAAAUGUGAAGUGCAGCAGCUGGCAAGCUAGUUCAUAUUGACCAACUAAAAUCUUUCUUAAAAAUAAGACUACACAUAAUGCAGGAAAAAAAAAUUGCAGGACAUGAGCCAUCUUGCUUGUACGUUUAUAUAAUGGAAGAGUUAAAAUUGUACAUCACUAAGAACUGCAAAAAUUUGUUAAAGAGAGGAGGAAUAUGGUGGUUACAACCAUCCUGUGUGCACAUUAAUGGAGAUGUUGAGGUUUUCCUUUACUAAAAAAGACAAAGCCAAUAAGGUGAAAGCUGCAAAAUCGAAAGAGACAUACAUUGCCUUAUUUUUUGAUGAACUGUAAGCCAUUUG